AUGUACCUUGUGGUAGUUUAUGCGUAUUCGAAGUGGCCAGAAGUCUUUGAGAUGUCAUCGUCGUCAAGCACUGCAACGUUGAGAGAACUCACAAUGCUGUUCGCACGAUUCGGAAAUCGCAGGGUGAUCGUGUCAAACAACGGUACGCAGUUUACAGCGAAGGAGUUCCAGGGAUUUUGCGACAUGCAGGGAAUUGAGCACGUUCGCUCGCCGCCGUUCCAUCCACAGUCAAACGGUCAAGUAGAACGCUUUGUUGAUACCCUGAAAAGAACCCUUCAGAAAAUUAAGGAGGGAGGGACGUCGGAGAAACUUGCAGAAUUUUUCGUCGUCGAUGUUGUCUAUGACGGUAUCUUCCCAUAA